AUGGUAUCGGAUGUCUCCUAUACUGCCAUACCCGAUUUUGCAGAUGUUCUUUUUCAAACCUAUAAUGACCGUUAUGGCAAUGUAAAGGCUUGUAACAGGUCUGUAACGCUCAUAACAGACGAUACGUUAAUAAUGCUAUUGGGGCGCCAACUGGAGCAGUCUCAUCUUUACCGACGACGAGAAUAUUGUCGCAGAAGGCUAGUUAGGCUUAAAGAGGUCCAUCGACUUGCUUCUGGAGACCCCGUUGCUCAUGGAUUUCACUCUAUGAUGAUCUUACGCUCUAUCAUUGUGGAGCUUAUUGUCGGCAUGAAGAUUUUGUGA